AUGAGUUCUAAAGCAGUGUCGCGAGGCUUCUUCGGCGGCUUGGUCGAUAAGCUUGCAGGUCGUCAGCUGGGCCUGCCACCCGAAGUCUGCAGCUACACAGUCAAAAGAGUUCGGAUACCGCUAGAAGACGACGUUCAGAUUGCAGCGGAUCUGUAUAUUCCCAUCAACCAGAAACCUUUUGGCACGCUCUUUGUGCCAACACCGUACGGAAUUGGUUUCCUCACGUCGCUGUCUCAGGCGAGAGUGUUUGCUGCUCGUGGAUAUCAAGUGCUCACCAGCUCUUGCCGCGGCACGUUUGAAUCUGGAGGCACUUUGGAACCCUUUCGCAAUGAGGCCAAAGACGGACAUGCUAUUGUAGCCUGGAUGAGAGAGCAGGAGUGGUACACAGGCUCAUUUGGAACCAUUGGCGGCUCUUACCUGGGCUACAAUCAAUGGGCUCUACUUUCUGAUCCGCCCAGCGAUAUGAAAGCUUCAGUCAUCUGGUCGGGCUUACACUCCAUGGGUAGCUUCUCUUGGGGAAAUGGUGCUCUGGCGUCGCACAUGAUUGCAUGGGCGGAUGUUCAAAGUCGUGUUGGAAACGGUGGACUGCUAUCAGUCCUGCUGCAUCUUCGGUCGCUGGCGAAGACGCUGCAACCGGUGCUCGAUGGAGUCCCUCUACUGGACUCUGUGGAUCAAUACUUUCAGAAGAAAACCCCUGGAUGGUUGCGAGACGCAUUGGCUCACCCACGGAGUGAUGAUGCGUAUUUUCAGCCCAUGGACCAAAGCGCUGGUAUCGAAAAGGCCAACAUACCGAUACUCCUGACCUCUGGCUGGGACGAUCCCAUCUUGCCAGAUGUCGUGUGGCAAUACCAAAGGCUGCUGGAACGAGGAAUCCACGUCGCCUUGACUCUGGGACCGUGGACGCAUCUCGGAUGUCAGAGCCAGAACUCGCUGCCGGAAUCGUUCAAGUGGCUAGAGGAGCAUCUCGGUCACCGUGUUUCUAACAGCAGAACAUCACCCGUGCGGGUGUUUGUCACUGGUUUGAAAGAAUGGCGAGAUCUGCCGAAAUGGCCACCGCCAACAACGGCUUUCGACCUUUUCCUGAAUGCUGGCAAGAAACUUUCGCGAGAGACACCAUCGUCUGGUGCACCGACAUCCACGUUCGAAUUCGAUCCUGCCCAUCCAACACCAUCCGUUGGCGUUCCACUUGUAUUCGACAACGGACCUGGAAGGUCGCAAGGAGACACGGCUUUGGCGAGUCGAUCUGACGUCUUGGUGUUCGAUUCAGAUACCCUCAAGAGUGAGGUUGAAGUUUGCGGAAAGCCUGUGGUGCAGCUCGAACACUCGACGGACUAUCCGGACGCCGACCUAUGGGUGGUUCUGAGCGAGGUGAAUGCAUCCGGCACCUACUCUCGAACUAUCAGCGAGAAAUAUCUGCGGCUCCCUAGAGAAAGACAGACUGAAACGAUUACGAUCUCCCUACUGGAUUGUGCCCACCGCUUCUCGAAAGGCACGAAGAUUCGACUCUUUGUCGCUGGAGGGUCACACCCUCGAUAUAUACGCAAUCUUGGCUCAGGCGAAGACCCGGUCAAAGGGGCAAAUAUGCAAAUUGUGCAGCAUACCGUUCGACACAGCAAUUCUGCGAUUUCGAAGCUGAUACUUCCAGUCACAAAGGGAGCGUGA